CCUGCACCAUUCGCAACCUCACAUAGUCACUUCUUCCCGUCCUCUAUCUUCGUCUCGAUAAUUCGUGCGACGCCACAAUGGUUAGCAUCAGCGAGGUCAAGGGCAACACGCGCGAAAACAGAACGGCCGCACAUACACAUAUCAAGGGAUUAGGUCUACGGUCCGAUGGCACAGCAGAGACUUCUGGGAAUGGCUUCGUGGGACAGACCGCAGCCCGAGAGGUCAGCAAUCCCUCUUGAUAACGUGAUUGUCGUGUCAGACCCUAAUCAAGGCGCAGGCGUGCGGCGUCGUUGUCGACCUCAUCAAAGCCAAAAAGAUGUCCGGAAGAGCAGUGCUACUAGCAGGAGGUCCAGGGACAGGCAAAACGGCUCUAGCAUUAGCAGUAUCACAAGAACUCGGAACAAAAGUCCCAUUCUGUCCCAUUGUCGGCAGUGAAGUGUACUCCACAGAGGUCAAGAAGACAGAAGCAUUAAUGGAAAAUUUCAGAAGAGCAAUUGGCCUGCGAGUACGAGAGAUGAAGGAAGUUUACGAAGGCGAAGUCACCGAGCUCAUUCCCGAAGAAGCAGAGAACCCUCUAGGAGGCUACGGUCGCACGAUCUCGCACCUCAUCAUCACAAUGAAAUCCGCGAAAGGAACAAAGAAACUACGGCUUGACCCCAGCAUAUACGAAGCCAUUCAGAAAGAGAGAGUCGCGGUCGGAGACGUCAUUUACAUUGAAGCCAACACGGGCGCGUGUAAGAGAGUCGGUAGAUCAGACGCGUACGCCACGGAAUUCGACCUUGAGGCCGAAGAAUACGUGCCUGUGCCCAAGGGAGAGGUCCACAAGAAGAAAGAAGUGGUACAAGACGUGACGCUGCAUGACCUCGAUAUCGCGAAUGCCAGACCGCAAGGCGGCCAGGAUGUUAUGAGCAUGAUGGGCCAGUUGAUGAAGCCGAAAAAGACCGAGAUCACAGACAAACUGAGAGCAGAGAUCAAUAAGGUGGUCAGCAAGUAUAUUGAUCAGGGCGUCGCUGAGCUGGUUCCUGGUGUGCUGUUUAUCGAUGAGGUACACAUGCUCGAUAUCGAGUGCUUUACCUAUCUCAACCGGGCUCUCGAAUCGCCUAUUUCCCCCAUAGUCAUCCUCGCUUCCAAUCGAGGCAAUACUGUCAUUCGCGGUACACAAGAUAUCACAGGAGCACACGGCGUGCCACCGGAUCUUCUGGCGCGCCUACUUAUCAUUCCUACACAUCCUUACAAUGAGUCGGAAGUCCAGACUAUCAUUCGGCUUCGAGCAAAGACGGAAGGCUUGGCCAUUUCAGAUGCCGCCCUGCAGAAGGUUGCUCAGCAUGGCACGAACGUGUCGCUACGAUAUGCCCUGCAACUGUUGACGCCGAGCAGCAUAUUGGCCAAGGUCAACGGAAGGCAAGAGAUUGCACCUGACGAUGUGGCAGAGUGCGAGGAUCUGUUCAUCGAUGCGAGACGCAGCGCCAAGGUGGUUGAGGCCGGUGUUGGAUUCAUUAGUUGAAAAGAGAAGGGUCGAAGAUCUCUAACGAAGGCACUUUCAUCCGACAAUAAACUCCGACGACAUGUUCUCAUGUCGGAUCGACUAGUCAGUCGCGAGUAUUGACUUUCAACAGCCACGGGUCAAUGCCGCGCAGCAAGAGGGCAUUUCCUGCUCCCACCUCACCGGGCAUGGUGGCUCUCAUCAGAACAUCCUCGACACAAGCAGUCCGGACACGAGUGGCUAGUCGAGACCAAAAUUUGCUAGGCAGCAUUGCGUUAAAUGGAAGCACGAGCAUCGCGAAAGAGCCUCCGGAGCGGCGAUCUAUCCGAGAUUGGAGCAGAUGGAGAGUUCUUGAAAAAUUCUUGAUUGUUUGUGAUAUACACCUUUAUGUAACAAACUAGAGAGCAUCCAUGGGUGUGGAAAUCGAUUCGUGCCAGAAUACUACUUUCCACCAUGGCUUUCCCACCAUAUUUCUUCUCUUAGUCUUUCGGUAUUGGACCACCACAAGGCAGGGAACAACGGAGAACAAGACAGGAUGGCAACGGCUACCUACAGAAAGUGGAAUGUCAGUAGAAGGACAUGAGAAAGCUUCGGAGAGAUCAUGCUGAGAUAAAUGAUUCCAAUCAGACAUCCAAG